AUGGAAAAGGCAAGUACACUCGGUACUCAUAUCAAUGUCCAUUUCAUUCCUAAGUCGAAUACGCAAGCAGCAUUGGCAUUUCUUCGUUCGGAAUUGGGACAACGACUUAAAACGAACGAUACAUUUCGCAUUGUUACCGAUAUGAAUCGAACAAAUGAAAAACCAUCUGGUAAUGCAGGUGCUCGAUUCUUAUAUGAAGUGCGCAAACUUGGCUUUGAUCAUGAAUGUAUGAUAUUUACAAUGGACGAACGUGAAGCGCACGAUAAAAUUCGUCACGUAUUCAAUGAUCAUACACCAUACAGAAUUACGGUGGCCACACAUACGAAUGAACUCGAAAAGUUUGUUCUUUUUCAAUGA